CUGCAAUUAUAAAAAGUCAAAGAUCUGUACUGAGGAACAGACAAAUACAGCAGGCUCUUUAUGUGCAGUAUUCCUGGCUGAUUUCAGUGAGAAACAAUGGGAGUCUGGAUUGUCUGUGUGUCUCUCUGUCUGCUCUUUGCUCUGAAUGCAUCAGCAUCCAGUAGAUGUCAGUAUGGGUGGACACGAUAUGGACGAACAUGCUUCAAGGUUUUUAACAGUCCAUUAUCCUGGAGUGAUGCGGAGGCAAUGUGCUUGACCUAUGGUGGGAACCUUGCCUCUGUACACAGUACAUUGGAGUAUACCUUCAUAAAGCGCAUGAUCUCAAGUUCGAACUCUUACUGGAUAGGAGGCAGUGAUGCUGUUUCAGAGGGAAAGUGGUUCUGGAGUGAUGGGUCCCAAAUGGAUUUCAAACUUUGGAACCCUAAAGAACCCAACAACUUACAGAGUAAUGAGCACUGCAUUCAGAUGAACUUUGGAGCUGCAGGAAAUUGGAAUGACCAAGUUUGCUCAAACAAGUUACCAUUUGUGUGUUUCAAUUCUCACUGAUCUCUUUCCCUACACCUAUUAAAUCAGAAGCGGUGUGCCUGUUCAAUCUUAUUCUGUUAUUGCUUCAAACAUUUUUGCUAUUUUGAUGCCUCUGUGUCAAACAUCUUCUUUCUAUAACUAAAUAAAGCUAAAUGCAUUCUUUUAUUGUCCUGAAAAUAUUUUGCAUCACAAACGUGGACACAAACAGUCAUUGAAAUACAACUCCAAGAGGAGUUUUUUUCUUUUAAUUUAUGUAUCUUAUAUUCUGUUAUGUUCAGGAUAUCACAGGUUUUGUUCUUCAGCCUGUCCUGACUCACAAGUACUGCAGAGACACUAAAUGAGAAAGCUGAACAUGUUUUCAUAAUUAACCAUUUUAUAUCAUGAAUCCUCAUUUUCCCGUAACUCAUGUUUUCUAUGAAAAUAAAAGUGUCAAGUG